GGAUUAGAAGCGAUCCACAAGCAUGGCAUCCUCCACAAUGACAUUCGGUAGGAAAACAUCUUAAUUAAUGAUGAUGGUGGCGUCUAUCUGAUUGACUUCGGUAUGGCAAGUCGGGAGGACACAAAAAAGAAGAGAAAGCUUUUCGAGGAGGAACAGCUCAAAUACUCUAACUUGCUAGAUAGAUAUAAUACACAUUUUGUAAAGAAGGAGGGGCGAAUUUCCAAGUCACGUAAAUGUCAGGUGGUUAGUUAGACUGUAGGAUUAGCUAUAGCAUAGACGCCAUGUAUCUCGGGCAAAGUCCUGAACCUUUGUAUUUAUUUUUUUGCAUGUAAUAAUAAAAAAAUUUCUUGGCAA